UGUGCCCGAAUUGUUUAGUUCCUUUCCAAUUUAAUUGUUUCUGGAACCUAAGUGAGCUUUUCCUAGCAUCUCAAUGACCUAGUGACCUCUUAAGAGAAGGAUCAACACGAAUCACUGAACUAACAAUUUAAGAAAAGUACAGCCCAAAAGCUCCAGAGCUUGGGGUCAAAAAAACCCCAACACCCUGGGCGUUGAUAUGAAUUCUGCUGUUGUGAACCUCCCCUGUAAAAAGAGUGAAAAAAAAGAAAAGAAAAAACUGGUACAUUACAGAUACAGCGUAUUAAAAAAGGCAUACAAAACCUUUAUUUGCAUUGGCAAAGAAAAUUGCGAAAAAUGAAAUUGGCAGUAGUAAUAUAAUAAAAAAUUGAUUGUGAAGAACGUUCUCAAUGUGUGUCAACAUUUAAAAUAGCUCAUGUCUCAUCCGGGACAAACAGUGAAGGUCAUAUUUAAUUCAUAAAGACUUUUUUGCUGCACGCGAAAAAUAGUAUUAAAAUACAUUUAAACAAGGAGGUGCCAGUUCUACGAUGGAAAUACUUGAGAAAAGGUUCAACUGUUAUUUGAUGGAUGAAGUUGAAAAAUUUAUUAUGAAGGAAUUUCACUAUGUUCUGCAGGUUUCUGCUUUUUACUUGUACCUGAGGGGUAAAUGGAUCUAUUUUUCGAUAUUCCAAUUUAUUCUCUAUCUUUUUAUUCUGGGGACAUUUAUAAUUAUUGUAUUUUACACGAUGGUACUGAUGAAAGAUUUCCAACUGAGUAUUGCGGUUCAAGCUUUUCAUAUAAUGGGCGGAGCCUCAAUGACCGUUAAUAUAUCACUCUGGAUGAAUUACAAUCGAGACAUACUGUCUGAAACGUUCACCAUAUUUCACAGCAAAUUUUAUCAAUACGAUGAAAGUUUUGAUUCGAAAAUGGUUGAACCUUGGCUGGAGGAAGUACAAAUAUUUCAGAAAAAUAUGUUCCUGUAUGUUUCAUUUAUACUUUUUGCAAUUGGCUUGCAAGUAAUUGUUGGUGGUCCCAUUGAAGAUAUGCUUCAAGGUACUGUUAUAGAAGAGACUUAUAUCAUUAAUGUCUACAUGAAAUUGCCAAUUCCUCUAUAUUUUCCAUUUUUAAUAACAAAUAAUAUCGUUAAAUAUAUGUGCUUAGUAUAUGAAAUUAUUGUCGCAUUUGUUGUUCUAUCUGUGCUCGGAACUGCUGCGAUAUUUAUGCUUUAUGCCACCCACUCAGUAAAUGUCCAAUUCAGGAUUUUAAUCUAUUCUAUAAAGAACAUCGAACAAAGGGCUUUGAAUAAAUGCAAAGUGAAAUACAAUGAUUUUAAAACAUAUCAAAACAUCAUUGCGCUAUAUUCAGACCCAAAAUUCACAAAGGAAUAUGAACAGUGCAUUAAAGAAAAUGUACAGCAUCACUAUCAAAUUCUAAGGGCUUAUGCAAAAAUUGACAUUAUUGAAAGAUGGCCAAUGUUUAUCAAUAUAUUUUUUAUUUCUAUUGUUAUCGCUUGUGCUUUAUUUUCAUUAAUCAAGGGUGAGACGAGAAUAGCUCCUCAAUUAUUUUCCUUUCUCCUCCUCAUUUUGGAACUCUCAAUUACAAUCGUCGUUUGCAAAAGAGGGCAAGAUUUGAGCGAUCUGAAUGAUGAACUAUUUCGGUCAUUUUAUGAGACGAAAUGGCUCUACUGCAGUAAAAAUAUUAAACAAUCAAUCAUAAUAAUCCAAGAGAAAUGCAAAGCUCGUCUUACCUACAAGGCUGGUGGUCUUGUAGACAUCAAUUGGGAACUGUUUGCCUCACUCAUGAACACUGUCUACACUUACUUCAACCUUAUGCGUGCGAUGACAGAUACUACCAACUGAUUCCAUUGGAUAUUUUAUCAAGGAUUAUUACCUCAAACUUUCAACCACCACACUUUUAAGACAUUUAUUUUUAUAUUUAUAGAUAUUUAGACAUUUUGGCUCUUUAUUAAAAAAUCAAAAGAUAUAUUGUACAGUUUGGUAUGACUUCACAAUAUAAACUGAUGUAAUGAAUUAAUA